AUGGCUGGAUGUGUCGCGGACGUGUCUGCGUCCACAUUGGAAGCUGAUGCCGAUGCAGAGUCCUCUGUCGUGUACGACUCACUCGCCCUCAUGUUCCGGAUUACCAAGGAUGUUGAGUCGCCUGACAAUUUAGUACCGGUCGAUGUGGGCUUUCGGGAUGAAGACUGCUUUCGUGUCUUGCUGGAGAAUGAACUUCUACUGGCGCUAUCAUCUAAAAGGUGGCAAAAUAUGUAG